AUUUGAAUCACGCCCAGAACCCGCUCCUCCUCUCCCCUUCCCGUUAGUUAGAUUAGACCUCGAGAAACUUCUUCUAAAGAAGAGAUUAGAUAGAAACCCAUAGCCACUUUGAAGCCCGAACCGUAGAAAUCUACCCAGAACUAGGGGUCAAGUAGGGCCGUACCUUAGGAAGUAGCCGUUGCGAGGUUCGAAUCGGCUGGAAUCGGGCAAGCGCAGAGCAAAUCGUGAGAAAUUUUGCAGGUUUCUUUGGGAGGUUGUGUUCUUGCGCUUUCCCGAGCAAUUCGUUGGUGCGUUUCUCUCGUUUAUGGUCUCUCAGAUCUGCGGAUUGGCGUGCAGGAUUCGGAGCGGAAGGAAUCUGAGGUUCUUUAGAUCCUUAGGGGAGCAACCGGGCAAGUACAAGAAAUCCUAAUAAGAGACGAGCAAAAGGAGUGUACCAGGAAUUUGCCGCAGGAAACGUUAGAAGAAAGAAGAGUAAAGAUGGCUGAAGUGAGGAUUGCCAGCAGGACGGCUGCAGCCGAUCGCUCUGGCGGUGGCGGUGGAUUCUUCGUCAGGAGGGUGGUGUCUCCCGGAGCUGUGGUGGACAAGGGCGCCGUCAAGCCGCUUGCUCGCCUGGUCCCGUCACCGUCCAGCAACAAGGAGAACGUGCCACCAGCGUGGGCUGCGUGGACUGCACCCAAGAGGAGAAGCUUCCUACCUGAGUGGUACCCAAGGACCCCACUCCGCGAUAUCACAUCAAUCAUCAAGGCUGUUGAGAGGAAAAGUCGGCUGCAAGAUGCUGCGGCUCGGCAUCAGCUCCAGUGGGAUGAUGAAGAAGAUUCCUCGGAACCUGAUGAUGAAGAAUAUUCCUCGGAGCCUGAGAAUCCAGCACAAACAGAUGAGGGUAUUCAUCGGAGCACAGCACCAACAAAUGAAACCCUGUGUGUUGGCUCGGCUCAAGUUGUCGAAACCACCGCAGCAUCAGCAACCUGCUUGGGUGAGGGCAAGUGCGCCACAGUGGUGAAGGCAUCCGAUGACUGCUCCUUGCAGUCUCCAUCCAGACCAAGUGGAGAAGACGACGUGGAGAAGCAACUGGCUAACUCCAUACACGAGAUUGAGAAGAUGGUGAGCCGGAACCUGAAGCGAACUGAUCCCAAGGCUACUCGGACUUCCAAGACCCCGGCUGUCCAGAGGCGCACCCUGAUGUCUAUGCGCUGAGCAUCACUUGUCUGCUGCUUUCCUAGCGGCUAGUCCUAACUAACCAACCACAGGGUCCUUCCAUGGUGCUCGGUUCUCUGCUUGAGGAUUUGGGUGGUGUUGUGCUCAGGGUUCUCUGCUUGAGGAUUUGGGUGGUGUUGUGCUCAGGGUUCUCUGCUUGAGGAUUUGGGUGGUGUUGUGCUCAGGGUGAGGACCUGGGGUGUGGUAUCUGGCUCUCUGCUUGAGGGCAUAUGUAGAAUUACUACACCACACUUGAUUUGUAUUACUGAGUAUGGACUUAUAUAGCAUGUCUGUGUUUUGCCAUUCAGCUGAAGGGCACAGGAAGCACCGUUCUUUA